UUCCUUUCAGCUAGCACGAAUGUCGUUUCCUACAGUCGAUUCGAAACCCUACAAUAUGCCGAGCAGCAAGGAAGUGGACCCUCGUGAAAGCUACGGCGACGAGAAAUUUGAACGCCUCCAAGAAUACUACAGUUACAUGAACGGAAGAAUUAAGGAGCCACACAAUCCUACCGAGCGACAUGAGAUCCUCGAGAGCGCCCAGAAGAAGCUCUUCUCCUUCAUAGACGUCCACAUCAAGGAUCUGAAGAGGUUGCUGUUUGCGACGGACAUGGCUCUUAUGUCUAUGGUGUUACUGAAGUUAAACAAGAAGAUGGACACGUCCGAGGCCAAGAUAAAGUCGACUCAAGCGAAGAUACCGUUCGGAUUAUACACGAGUCCCGAAUUCAAAUGUUUGGACACGUCUUAUUACAUUGCGUCAGCGCACAACCAGGAGGAUGUGCAAAUGAUCCUCUCCAGCGAACGGAAGCCGCAUUGCUACACGUUCAGAGGUGCAUUCGCAUUCGGUGGGUUCUACCAUCGCCAUUCUGAGAACACAUACGUGGGACCGCACGCGGAGCAAUUCGAAACGAAAGAGCUCAGUCAAGGCCUGUACUGUCACACUGACGACAGUUGGAGUGACGCGCAAUGUAUAUACAAGAUAAAUCCGCGCGAGGAAUUCCCCGAAUCCGUCGAAUACGAACCCAAAGUGUCGUACUGGUGCGGCCCGUACAGAUAUUUCAUACCGGCCACUAGUGACGUCCGCUGCGUGUUCUCGAUAUUUUCAAUGAACUUCGUUUUCCGUUUCGGCUACGACGGAGUCACGUACAAAAGCUCGGACCUGUCUUUCAUGUACCAAAACGGCCAAGUGUUCUACACGGACGAGCCCUGGGCCGGGAUGUCGUGCUGGAACUGGGCCUGCAAGUGGCGGCACAACCAGAACAUGCGCUCCAAUGAGUUUUUUGUUAAUUAAAUAAAAUAUGAAAUUA